UACGCCCGCGGCUGCGUUUCCGGCCGGAGGCUUUUGCUGAAUGCUCGCCCCUGGGGGGCGGGGGCGGCAGCGGCGGCGGCGGCGGAGGCAGCUUGGGGUCCGGAAGUCAACACUAUGUCGAGUCUGCACAAGAGCCGGAUUGCAGAUUUUCAGGAUGUCCUGAAGGAGCCUUCGAUUGCAUUGGAAAAGCUACGGGAACUCAGUUUUAGUGGCAUCCCCUGUGAGGGCGGACUGCGGUGCCUCUGCUGGAAGAUUCUCUUGAACUACCUCCCCUCGGAAAGAGCCUCAUGGACUUCCAUCCUGGCCAAGCAGAGAGAGCUUUAUGCCCAGUUCCUGAGGGAAAUGAUUAUCCAGCCUGGCAUCGCCAAGGCCAAUAUGGGGGUGUCCAGGGAGGAUGUGACCUUUGAGGACCACCCACUCAACCCGAACCCCGAUAGUCGGUGGAACACAUACUUCAAGGACAAUGAGGUACUGCUGCAGAUUGACAAAGAUGUCCGGAGGUUGUGUCCAGACAUAUCCUUCUUCCAGAGGGCCACUGAGUACCCCUGCCUCCUCAUCCUGGACCCCCAGAAUGAGUUUGAGACCCUUCGUAAGCGGGUGGAACAGACGACGCUGAAAUCCCAGACAGUGGCCCGGAACCGGAGCGGGGUCACAAAUAUGAGCUCCCCCCACAAGAACUCUGCACCACCAUCCCUGAAUGAGUAUGAGGUGCUGCCCAACGGCUGCGAGGCCCACUGGGAGGUGGUAGAGCGAAUCCUGUUCAUCUACGCCAAGCUCAACCCUGGCAUCGCAUACGUGCAGGGCAUGAAUGAGAUCGUCGGGCCCCUCUACUACACCUUUGCCACCGACCCCAACAGCGAGUGGAAAGAACAUGCUGAGGCAGACACCUUUUUCUGCUUCACCAACCUCAUGGCUGAGAUCCGGGACAACUUCAUCAAGAGCCUAGAUGACUCUCAGUGUGGCAUCACCUACAAGAUGGAAAAGGUGUAUUCCACCUUGAAGGAUAAGGACGUAGAGCUCUACCUGAGACUGCAAGAGCAGAACAUCAAGCCCCAGUUCUUCGCCUUCCGCUGGCUGACGCUGCUGCUGUCCCAGGAGUUCUUGCUGCCUGAUGUCAUCCGUAUCUGGGACUCCCUCUUCGCUGAUGACAACCGCUUUGACUUCCUCCUGCUGGUCUGCUGUGCCAUGCUCAUACUGAUCCGGGAGCAGUUGCUGGAAGGGGACUUUACUGUGAACAUGCGGCUCCUGCAGGACUACCCCAUCAGUGAUGUCUGCCAGAUUCUACAGAAAGCCAAGGAACUCCAAGACUCGAAGUAGCCUGGUUUGGGGAAGAAGCCACUCCAGCCCUGUGCCCUGGCUUCCAGGACAUGCAGAAGCCUUUGGGACCCCCAGCCUGAGGGGAAUCAGCACAUCAGCCUGCCCAGGCCUCCUGCCCUGGCCCUGCAGCCAGGGCAGCUCCUGCUGGGGCACACCAUGCUGUGCCCCACCUGACCACAAGCCCUGGCGCCCUCACACUUCAGCCCUGCCGCCCUGUGCCCAGGCUGCCAAGUAGAGGAGGAAGCUGUUUCCUGGGCACCGGGAGGCUGCAGGGGUCUCCCCGCCCACUCCUGCUCUGCUGCUUUCCUGUUUCCUGCUUCCGGUCUCCUGGUACUGGCUAGGGAUGCAUCUAGCACAUGGCCCAGAAAACACCACUAGGGGUUGGUGCUUAGGCUUCUCCGUGGGAAAGGGACACUGAAGGAGCUGCGUGGCUGCUGGGUCCAGGUCACGUCCUCUGCCUCCCACUGAGAGUGUGUCUUCCCUAGUUGGUGUGCGCGUGUCCCUGACCCCCCAGGUGUCUUUGCUUCACCUUCCUGUGUGUGCGUGAGGGUGUCUGCACCCUCCAGCUCUCUGCCUGUCCUCUGUGUCUCCCUCCCAGCCUGUCUCCCUCCUGCCCUUUCACAGAGGGCGUGUGGCUCUCGCUUAUAUGUCCCCUCCAUCAUCUCCCUCUGCCCUCCCCUCUCGGGUGCCUUAGACUGAGUCUCUUCCUCUCUCUCCUGCACUCUCUUCAACCCAGAAGACGAAUGAGGAGUUCAGCUCAGCAAGUCCCUAGAGGUCAACUUGGCUUUUGCAUCCUGUUCCCAUCCCCCAGCCUGAGGCGCCCAGCUACCCCAGGCUGGGAAAGAGUCCACAGUGCCUCAUUAGAGGACCCUGGACCAGCUCCUCAGCAGAGAUCGUGGGAACCAAGAGCCGCUGAGGAAUGCUGGCCCUGGAACUUUGAGCCUCUUGUCCCCGCUUUGUGCUAGGGAGGGAGAAGAGUGGGCCUUCCCAGAGGCUCCCCCAAAAGCCUCGCUGUUCCAAAAGAGAAGGACACUAACGCGGUUUUGCACUAGGGCUCUGAAGCCAGUGCUUCGGUCCUAGUCCUGGGCAGGGGAGUCACACAAAGGGAGGUGGGACCAAAGGGGACCUCCAUGGGGCCAGGUGGGUCCUGUCUGUGCCCGAAGGACUAUGUCUGUGCCUUUGUGUGCCCACUGCUUAGCAGGCCCUAGGGAGGUGCUGGUCCUUCUCUUGGCACUCCCAGCAGGAGCAGCUGACUACCCCCAGGCCUAGAAGGGCGGGUGUACACUGACUAAGUCCUAAGUCCCUUCGUCCCCAGUGAGGAGGGCAGGCAGUUUGGGUUUGGCAGGCUGAGGCCUGCACCUGGUCCUUGGCCUCUCCACAGGCUGACCAGAGGGAGCCAAGCCCCAGCAGCCUCGGCGUCCCCCACAGGUUCCCUGAGCCCAGCAGGCAGGACUUGCUGCCCUCUUCCCCAUGUGGCUCUGAUCAGGCCACACCCCUGAUGCUGGGACUUCCUGCACAUGCCUUCUGCCUCCUUCAUUCCACCCUACAGUACUGGAAGUUUUUAUUUAUUCAGAUUGCUGGCUAUUUAUUGCUGAUUGGCAAGUGCUUUGGGGACGAUGGGGCUGGGGAGGUAGGAAGGAAGGAGUGGGGACUUGGUCCUCCUGAUUCCCCAGGGCCCAAGUCAGUACCCUCGCCCUUGCCUUUGGGAUCUUCCUGGUUUCCUAGCAGGUGGUGGUUUGGAGGGUCAGCUUUGGAACUGAGUGCAAGGGAAGCGGGAGCUGGUGCCCUUGCCCAUCUCGAAGACUCCUGGGCAAGGCAGUUACUGCUCCCACUAGGCUGGCCUGCUCUCUACCUGGAACUUGCCAGCUGGUGGCGCAGCCCCAAAUUUGACUCCUUUACAGCCUGAGGCUUGGGCCACUGCCUGGCACCCAGCAGACACUGCCCAGGACCCCACGAUGCAUUCCCUCUUGCCCGUCCCCACCUGCCCUCCUGGACCAUACUACUUGAAUCACUGUGUUUGAUUUGCCACAGUGGCAGAGCUGGGUCCAGUGGCCUCUGCUUGACCUUAGAUGAAGGUCAAGAGCCCAGGGACCACAUCUUGGUUAGAUGACUCCCCACUGGGACACUGCCUGCCGGAGGAAUGGACCUGCCCUUGGCAAUCCCCCACCCCAUAUUCUGCAGGAAGGUCCCCACAGAGCCAGAGUGCCUGAGGCUUCCUGCAUGAGAAGCUGCCCUCGGACUGUGGGCACUCACGGACUGAGUGGACGGGUCAGCAGGUCUCCCCUCAGAAGGUGAAAAUUGUAGUCUGCUUUUCUUUCCUUUUUUUUUUUUUAAUCUCUUUUGUUCCUCAAAUCACUGCUGUUGAUGCGUUGUCUUUAAUAAAUCAUGUGUUCUUUGCAGUGGG